CAAGAAUCGGAGGGCAAUCCAUAGCCGGCUCUUCCAUCGUCGACUCCUAGACCGGAUUACCAGAGCCACCAUUUGUGCGUUUUCUCUCCAUCUCCAACCUAACCAUACAUUUCCGCCUCCGGCGACGACCUCAUUCUUUCUCAGCCGCACACUUCCAGCCGUAUCAUCCGGUGGACUGUAUAUCUUGAAUUGAUUACUCUCUUUCAAACUCAAAUCUCCUACCUUCUCUUGUGGUAUUGAUUAGGUUAUGUGAUGUCUACUUUGGAAAUUGAAGCUCGGGAUGUGAUUAAGAUAGUUCUUCAGUUCUGCAAAGAGAAUUCCUUGCACCAAACAUUUCAAACAUUGCAGAAUGAGUGUCAAGUUUCUCUGAACACAGUUGAUAGCCUUGAAACCUUUGUUGCUGAUAUCAACAGUGGUAGAUGGGAUGCCAUACUGCCUCAAGUGGCACAACUUAAGCUUCCAAGAAAGAAUCUGGAAGAUUUAUAUGAACAAAUUGUUUUGGAAAUGAUUGAACUUCGGGAGUUGGAUACUGCUCGUGCUAUUUUGAGACAAACCCAAGUAAUGGGUGUCAUGAAACAGGAGCAACCAGAAAGGUACCUGCGACUUGAGCACCUUCUAGUAAGGACAUAUUUUGAUCCAAAUGAGGCAUAUCAGGAAUCAACAAAAGAGAAACGGCGAGCAUUGAUAUCUCAAGCUCUCGCUGCGGAGGUCUCAGUGGUCCCACCCUCACGCUUAAUGGCUUUAAUUGGCCAAUCUCUGAAAUGGCAACAACACCAAGGGAUGCUGCCUCAAGGAACACAGUUCGAUUUGUUCAGAGGAACGGCUGCUAUGAAACAAGAUGUAGAAGAUAUGUAUCCAACAACUAUAGGGCAUACUAUUAAGUUUGGAAAAAAGAGUCACCCCGAAUGUGCUCGUUUUUCUCCAGAUGGGCAGUUCCUUGUAUCUUGCUCUGUUGAUGGAUUUAUUGAGGUUUGGGAUUACAUGACUGGUAAACUAAAGAAGGAUCUUCAGUACCAAGCUGAUGAGACAUUUAUGAUGCAUGAUGAUGCGGUUCUUUGUGUUGAUUUUAGCAGAGAUUCUGAGAUGCUUGCAUCUGGGUCACAAGAUGGAAAGAUUAAAGUGUGGCGUAUAAGAACUGGUCAGUGUCUGCGACGUCUGGAGCAUGCUCAUUCUCAAGGGGUUACUAGUCUCGUGUUUUCUAGGGAUGGAACCCAACUGCUAAGCGCCUCAUUUGACAGCACAGCCAGAAUCCAUGGCCUUAAGUCGGGGAAAUUGCUAAAGGAGUUUCGUGGUCAUACUUCCUAUGUGAAUGAUGCGAUCUUCACAAGUGAUGGGACUCGUGUUAUUACCGCCUCUAGUGAUUGUACUGUUAAGGUUUGGGAUGUGAAGACUACAGACUGUCUGCAAACAUUCAAGCCUCCACCCCCGUUAAGGGGGGGAGAUGCUUCUGUGAACUCCGUUCUCCUUUUCCCCAAAAAUCCCGACCAUAUUAUCGUAUGUAACAAGACAUCAUCAAUUUACCUCAUGACGCUUCAAGGACAGGUUGUAAAGAGUUUCUCUUCCGGUAAAAGAGAGGGUGGAGACUUUGUAGCAGCUUGCCUAUCACCUAAAGGAGAAUGGAUUUAUUGUGUUGGUGAAGACAGAAAUAUGUACUGCUUCAGUUAUCAAUCUGGUAAACUUGAGCAUCUCAUGAAGGUGCAUGAUAAGGAUGUUAUAGGCAUCACUCACCAUCCCCACAGAAAUCUUGCUGCUACAUAUAGCGAAGAAAGCACCAUGAAAUUGUGGAAACCCUAAACAGGAUGCCCUUUUCACUAUUUUGGCAAUGGCAAUGGUUGUUUCUUCUUCUUCUUCUUCUAUGGACAUAACUGUUAGAUUACUGCGAAUCGAGAACUUUGGUUUAGUUUAUGAUUUGCGAAAAUGAAUAUUGUUCCGUAGGACUAGGAAACAGUUGGAGCUAUCUGCAUGUAAUUUAUUUUUUUAUGAUUUCUUUACAAAUAUACUUGUUGUAGAUUGGUUAUGAAUAGUCUACGAUUUCAGCAUCA